AGUGAAAGUGGAUCAAUACGUAGUGAGCGUGCGGGCCUGUCUGGCAACGUGCGGCUGUCUCUCCUAGUCCAAAUCGCCUAUCUGCGUUCGAAUGAAGAGCGUGUAAAUAGCACAUGAUUCGUUGACAGUUUAACUGUCACACGUUGACAGGUGCAAUUGUCAAUUUUUCCCAAAUUCACGCAACGAUUGAUUCGGCCGUGCCUCAUCGAGUUGGUGCAAAUUGACGCGUGGAGCAGUCUCGUAUCGUGAGCUCUGGACGACUAAAAAAUUAAUAGUUUAAAAUAUUAGUCUAAAAUAUUUAUAUUCUUCAAUUGUGCGAGUGCAUCAAUUCUCUGUUUUGCAAAAAUGCAGAUUUUAUAUUACCUGUCGAGAAGUGAAUCGUCUGCUUGUCAUCGAUGUUAGAAGAAUGUUAUAUGUUGGAUUAUGUAGAUAUAUAAUUGUGACAAACGGACAAUAAAUCGAUUCUGUUGCAUGGAGUCGGGAAGAUUGGAAAUUUUGCUUAUUGGAGAUUGAUGAGAGAAGGAAGCGGGAAUUAGAAAGUUCGAGUCAUCAUAUAUAUGUUAUGCGGUCGCGAUGUACCUGUCACAUCUUGUACGAAGGAUGACCUGCAGGCAAGAAUUGACUUGCUUGCGAUUCCUACGUUGGACUGUCUUGGUGCCGCUCGUAAUCUAUAUCUCACUCCUAUUUGUCAAGUACAAUAAAAGCGUGCCUCUGAAAAGUCUAUCGACCUCAAGCGACAAGGACAGAGAGGGUUCCAUGAUGGACAGCUUGUUCCUCGAAUUGCAGACCGUGACGGUUGACAAAAAGAACUUGGCGGAAUACAAGGAUACGAAAAUUGAUCGCGGGGAUGAAGGAGGUAUACGAGAAGUCAUGGAGGCGGAAAAUCGCGAGAAUCCGAGAAAUCUCCUAGAAGACAUCUUCCGUAGAGCCGAUACUGACGAGAACCAAUUGCUGGAUAUACAGGAAUUGGCGAAGUGGAUUCACGCCAAGAUCACCGAACACAUCACGCGCGCUAUGCGAGAGAACGUUGGGUUGUUCACUGCUAUUGACACGAAUCUUAGAGAUGGCGAAGUCUCAUGGGAGGAAUAUCACGCUUAUUUUCUGAGAACUCAUGGCUUCUCUGAGACCUAUAUAAAUUCCCAUGAUAAAAAGCACAGCGAGUUAUCGCGAACACUAAAGGAGAGCAUAAUGAGGGAUAGAGCACGAUGGGCUGAGGCUGCUAGAAACGAUCCCGACAGAUUGGGUCUGGAUGAAUUUCUUGCUUUCACGCAUCCCGAGAGUAGUCACAGAGCUCUUCUCCAAAUGGUGGAGGACCUCUUUGAAAAAUUCGAUCGAGACGGUGAUGAACAGUUAACAGAGGACGAGUUCUCGGAUUUGCCAUCGGAAGGAGUCGGCCUAGAUUUACACGAAGAUCGACAACAAUCGAUAGGAGGCAGCGAAGACAGGCGUAAGGAGUUUCGACAUUUGAUUGACAAGAAUAAAAAUGGGAAAGCCGAUCGAACCGAGCUCUUGAUGUACAUUGAUCCACGAAACCCCAGACAUGCCAUACAAGAGGCCCAGCAUUUGAUUACCUUGUCGGAUAUGAAUUUAGACGGAAAGUUAGAUCUUCCGGAGAUUUUGAGCAAAAUGGAUUUAUUUCUCGACAGUAAAAUGGUAGACACGGAGAAAAGUUUCCACGAUGAAUUUCGACGAUAGUUUUCACAUAAGAACGAACAUAAUUAUAAAAUUGAAGAAGGACAUUUGUUACAAUCUUUUUAUCGAAAGACGAUUUCUAGAUAAAUGGACGAAUAAUUUUUUAUAACACCAGAUAGAUGCGACUAAAAACUUUGAUAUAGAUAUUUUUAAAUAUCUUAGAAAAGUUUUUCUCUUUGACAUUUGCAUAUUGAACACAGACAAUAUGAUUUUUCGAUCCAUGAUCGACAAUGGAUUGGACCAAUACAAUUAUCGAUUCGUGCAGGGUAUUCACUAGCGAUUUCUAAUAGAUUUUUUUUUUAAGGACACUACUUGAUUUAGUGCGCAAACGAAAAUCAUAGGCUUUUAGAACGCAUCUGUGAUAGUCUUUUGACGUAGAAUAUUGUUUAAGUAGACGCAAUUAUUAUAGUUAUUAAUAACUACUAUAAUAAUAGAUUUUAAUACAUUAAUUGACUCAAUCAGAAAUAAUAACUCAAUUAGAUCGUUUACAAUUUACAGGGUUAAAAUUAUAUAUACAUAGAUAAUUACUUGCCAAUUGUAGGAUCGGUUGUGAAACGGAUGAGAGGUUGCAAAUCCGUCCUUUCGUAGAUUCUUAGGUUUCUUAUAUGUAACUUGCUCUUCAAUUAUUUAAGAGAGUUAUUAGAGAUUUUGUAUUUGCAAAAAAAAAUUUUCCCUUUCGAAUUAUUAAUUUAAAUA